CUGCUUUCUCAUUGAAACCGUGUGCGUGCAGUGUUGGAUCUGUGUACGACCGCCAGUCUCGGCGCAUCCCUGAGCUCAUGUUGGGAGCAGCCACUUCCGACAAGAGUUUGGUGCGGUGUUCGUACUGGUGGACGCAGACAGAUCUGAUCAGUUGACGCACAAUCAGACGAUUGAACCCUACGUGAGACGACUUGUGUGCAACAUGUACAGUAUACGCUGCCAUUGACAGCGCCUGGCGCCAAAACGGCUCGAGACGCCGCCCCCACGUGCCCCCAUGCAUGGUGCAAAGUGAAUCAUGCAGAGUGAAUCAGGUGCUGCCUUGCCGGUUGCGUCGGCCCCGGUUGCGCAGGCGUCGCCCGAGGCCCUGGAGCGUGGCUUCUGCCUCAACGAGGACCUCUCCAACGCCAUGGCCAACGUCGAAUUCAACAUCGCACUCAAGAAACAACCACCAGCAAAGAGGGUAGGUACUACCUACUGUGCCGCCGCCUUUUAUCUCCAUCCACAUACAUGAGACAGAUAGACAGACAGACAGACAGAUCUUGAGGCCGUCUCUUCUCCCUCUCUCUGUCUCAUGGCAGGUGGUGGUUUCCUACGUCAAGCAGCCGUCCAUGAUGGCCCUCAGCCGACGCCACUCGGCCCUCUCCACGCGUUCAUCCACUGCAGGCGGCCGCCGGCCUUCUCAGAGCCUUGACUCCGCCCUCUCGAGGCUGGGUUCGGGAGGAGGUGGGCUCGGGCGUCGGCGGUCGAUAGUGCCGUUUGAUGAGCUUGUGGAGAGUUAUGUGUCGAGGGAGCAGAGCUGGUUGGGCGGGAGGGCCAGGCGGGUACCCAAACAGCGGGCAUGGAGGUGAGUGAGUGGGACGUACGUGGGGGAGGAGGCGAAUGAGUGAGUGGAUGAAUGCGUGUCGGAUGUCUUGUGUCUCGUGCCUUAAUUACUGUAGGUAUGAGUUUGUGGGUCCUGUGCCGGCCUGCUGCUGGAAGGACACUCUCGAGCCGCCGCCGCAGGUGACCUGCAUGCACCAUACAGGCAUCACAAAACCUCUGCACUGCUGUCUCUGGUCCAUCCAUCUCUGCACGCAAUGCAGAAGACGAGGGGCUUCCGCUUCGCCCGUCCCCCGUCAGCGCCUCCAUCUCGCAAGACUGCUCAUCCUGCAUCACCACCCCAACACCAGCCACCGCCACAACCGAGACCGCGACAGGCCGCCCCUGAGAAGCCCCCUCCUGGCUUCCGUCCCACCACAGUGGAAGCGCCGCCUCUCUCAAGGCCUCAAACAGCGCCGGCGAAGCGUCAGAGGCCCAAGACGGCGACACCGACCAUGAUGGGGACCAAUAAAAGGCCUCUGAGUGUGCGAACACCGGCUCCAGGGAGUCCUGUGGCUGUUGGAGUGGUUUCCCCUCCCUCACAGCGGUCGAGGCCCCGCUCGGCCAAGCCCAUGACGUGUUCUGCUGGAAGGGAAGGUGUGUGGGUGUAUCAUGCGAAUCUGAGGGAGGCGGAGGUGACGACGCAGGAGGGGCCGAGGUCACAGAGAAGGUCAGAAAUAUGUGGAUACCAUAGGUGUGUGUCCUUGAGACAUCCUCAUGGAUUGAUUACAUUUGUCUGCGUGUGCGUGUGGCUGCAGGUAUAACAUUGGCGCCAGUUUGUUGGAGCAUCAGCAGCGGCAGAGGGGCUGGGGUGCGGGCACCUACCCGCCAUCACACAGGCCACUGGUGCCGGUGAUCGACCCCCUGCCGGACAGAUGUGUGCGUGCGGAUGGUGGAGGCGCAGAUGACCUGCUGCAUAUCCCUUUUGCUCUCUGAAUC